CCCUUACACUCAUCAGCCCGUUGGAUUAUGAAACAACCCCAACAUGACGAUACAAGUAACAGCAAUGGACCAGCCCACAGGUGGGGCGACCCAGAUGACGGCAACAGCAACGCUACACAUCAGCGUUAUCGACAUGGAUGAUCUUCCACCUGCUUUUGACGAACCUUCAUAUGUAGGAACUGUCCCGGAACUGUCACCAAAGGGUACAAUAGUGAAUGUUACUAAGGCAAUCUCAGCCCGAGACCAAGACGUUACAAUCAACGCCCCCCUCCGGUAUUCAAUCAAGAAAGCCACCAACGACUACUUCAAGAUUGACCCUAACACAGCAGUGCUGUCCGUCAACAACCCGCCCCCUGCCCAGGAGUUCUCCAUCAUGAUCGAGGCGACUCAAGUUGACAACUCGUUCAGGACGGAUACAACCUUCAUGAAAAUAGUUGUAUCCGCUAUCAACAGCAAGCCCCCUGUGUUCCAACAGCAAUCCUACACAGCCAACGUACCCGAGAGUCUGCCCCUGGGUUCCACCAUUGUGACCGUCACAGCCACAGACUCGGACUUUGGCUCUAGACUACGGUAUUACUUUGCCAAGGAGGAAAACGUGUUCACAAUCAACGGAGGCAGCGGUGUAAUGCAGCUGAGACAAGCUUUGGACUACGAACGAGAAACUGGAUAUUCUAUCCUCGUGGUGGUCACUGAUGGACAGUUUAACACAACAACGACAGUGACGGUGUCGGUGUCUGACGUUAACGACAACAACCCUGUCUUCACACAGAAAGAGAUCACAGUUGAGAGAGAAAGAGUCACGGAUGAAUUAAUAACGACAGUCGAGGCAGUGGAUUACGACUAUAACACUGUGCUAAGUUUCUCCCUGGCGAGUCACACAAGCCUAUUCGCCAUUAACGCACAAGGAGAGCUCCGAAUAUCGGCCGAUAAAGACAACCUAACGGAAAACCAAUACGACGUGGUUGUCAUAGUAACAGACAAUGGCGUUCCUUCCCGUCAAUCUUCAGCGGUAGUGAAGGUCAAGUUCCCUCCACAGAGUCCAACCAUCGGGAACGUGACGAUGCAGGAAGGUGGAAGCGACGUCGUCUCCAUCUGCCUCGGCGUCGUCGCCGCGACUCUCCUCAUCAUUGUCAUCAUCCUAACAGUCUACAUUGUUAGACGCCUUUCUCUGUUCAGAAGACUACAGAGCACGGAACAGCUGGACAAGGCCAAGAACCGCAGCUCCCUCGACCCACGUGGCAUUAUGUUCAAGAAGCACCCCGGCUCAAGAGCCCCGUCCCGGGUAGCCAUCGACUUCGCCAACGAGGAGUCCACAGACGGAGGCACGACACUAGCAGAGAACCCGUUUACCCUGGAUGGCAACAGUAACUAUGGUUACAUGCAUAGCGACGAGUCCGAGAAUGACAGAGACGUUGACGAGAUUCAGAUCGAGACUGCUGUAAUUCCCUACAGAAAUGUGGGCAAAUUUUCUUCCAAUGGACCAGUAUUUCCUAAUAUGGAAGAUGAGGAUGGGCUACCUAUUAACGAUCACUCGUAUCACAACAGCUCCCUCAGCACGUUCAAGGAUUCUAACGACAGUCUCCAUAGCGACAGCACGAGCAGUAAAAAGGGACUUAUGAAAAAUAUGAAUGGCAUCGGGACAAAGUCUCUUCCGAAUAAAAAGUUGUCCUGGGCGGGGAAUGGCGAGAUGCCGUCAAAUAAAUCACUGAAUAGUCUGGAUCAUGACCCGGGCAUUUCGCCGAUUGACGAGAAGCCAGAAAUAACGGUAUACUUCUGAACAAUGAUGUAUUAUUGUGUGUAACCUUGACCUUCGUGAGGGACUCACGGAUAUGUUCAUGUUCACGUGCAAUUCAUGGAUGUGAGGACCCAGCGGUGACACGUGAUAUUGUACAACCACCAGCUUAUGUCCAGACAGUUGACAGUAUUGCUACAGGACACAGGACAACUGGAUGAUAUACCUUCUUCCAAGUGCUGGUUUUGUUGUUGCGGUAAACUGAGGACAACUGAUGUCAGGUCAUUAUAGAUACAUGCUGAUGGCCAAUGUUGGUAUUGAAGUCAGACUGAUCAGUGAUUCGCAGAAAGAUGUCUUGGAUCUUUAACUGGACUGCUGACGUAUUCGUGUAAAGUGAGUGAGUGUGGUUUUAUGCCGUUUUCAGCAAUAUUCCAGCAAUAUCACGGCAGGUGACACCAGAAAUGGGCACCACACAUUGUACCCACGUGGGGAAUCGAACCUGGGUCUUCAGCGUGACGAGCAGACGUUAUUUGUGUGAAGGACAGCUGAAUGAAAGUUGUAGGAUAAUUUCAAAGGAAAAAGGUCUUUCGUCCUCAAGAAUAGAGCGAAUCAGUUCAUCUUCAAAACAUCUGGUUGACGAAGUAUCUAACCUGCUGACAGGUUCGUUUCAAGGAAUACAACGAGCUGAUUCACUUACAGAGCAGCUGAUUGGCCCUUUGUCAUGACUGCUGAUUGGUUCGUUACCAGGAUUUCCUUUUUGUUUUGGUUUGUGAUUGAACGGUUUUCAGUGCAGCUGAUUCCUUCUGGUACCGAAGGGUGAUUGUAAGUGUUUCCUGUUGGUUAAAGAAUAGCAAUACGAACGUUCUGAUCUCUUCAACUGGGGAAACUCUUCGUGAAAGCCUUCAGUGACCUCCCUUGUUCUUAUGGACCAUGUGACAAAGCCAAAUUUCCGGGAUUUGAGUGUAUCACCAGAACGUCAAGGCCGAUAUAAAC